AUGGGUAUCAGUCGUCGUCCGAAGGCUGAUAAAAAUGCCUCUGCCGCAGACAGUGCACCGGGGGGAAAGCCGAAUAUCCAGAAAGCCCAGUUCGAUACAACCAAAAAGAAGGAAGUUGGUGUGUCGGAUCUUACUUUAAUCAGCAAGGUCUCGAAUGAAGCAAUCAAUGAAAACCUUAAGAAGAGGUUCGAUAAUAGGGAAAUUUAUACAUACAUUGGCCAUGUGCUUGUCUCUGUGAAUCCUUUCCGAGAUUUGGGAAUUUACACAGAUGCGGUCUUGGAAAGUUACAAAGGCAAGAAUCGACUGGAGAUGCCACCUCAUGUCUUCGCUGUUGCCGAAUCUGCCUACUAUAAUAUGAAUGCAUACAAAGAUAAUCAAUGUGUUAUCAUCUCAGGAGAAUCUGGAGCGGGAAAGACCGAGGCGGCGAAGCGAAUCAUGCAAUAUAUAGCCAAUGUUUCUGGAGGCAGCAACUCAUCGAUUCAAGAAACCAAAGAGAUGGUUUUGGCGACAAAUCCUUUGCUAGAGUCUUUCGGUAAUGCGAAAACACUACGGAACAAUAACUCCUCUCGUUUCGGCAAAUACCUCCAACUGCAAUUCAAUGCGCAAGGAGAGCCGGUGGGCGCGGAUAUAACAAAUUAUCUUCUGGAGAAGACGAGAGUAGUCACUCAAAUCAAGGACGAGCGAAAUUUCCAUAUUUUCUACCAAUUUACGAAAGGGGCCUCACAAGCAUACAGGGAAAGUUAUGGAAUCCAACAGCCGUCGCAGUAUCUGUACACGAGUAAAGCCGGGUGCUUCGACGUUGAUGGGAUCGAUGAUCUCGCCGAAUAUCAGGAUACUUUGCAGGCCAUGAAGGUUAUUGGUUUGUCGCAAGCUGAACAAGACGAGAUAUUCCGCAUGCUGGCUGCUAUCCUGUGGACAGGAAAUAUUCAAUUCCGCGAAGGUGAUGAUGGAUAUGCUACAGUCGUUGAUCAAUCAGUGGUUGACUUCUUAGCCUACCUUCUGGAUGUUGAUGCAGCCCAUGUUAUUCAAGCCAUCACUAUUAGAAUUCUUACUCCUCGAAAUGGGGAAGUCAUCGAGUCACCUGCGAAUGUCCCUCAAGCAAUGGCCACAAGGGACGCUCUAGCUAAGGCAAUAUACAACAACCUCUUUGAUUGGAUUGUUGAGCGUGUCAACAAAUCUCUCACUGCGCGGGCAGAAACAUCGAACUCGAUAGGUAUUCUCGAUAUCUAUGGUUUCGAGAUCUUUGAGCAGAAUAGUUUCGAGCAAUUGUGCAUCAACUACGUCAAUGAGAAGUUGCAACAAAUCUUCAUUCAGUUGACUCUAAAAACCGAACAGGAAGAAUAUGCCCGGGAGCAGAUUAAAUGGACGCCGAUCAAAUACUUUGACAACAAAAUUGUUUGUGAUUUGAUCGAAGCUAUUCGACCUCCAGGUGUAUUCUCCGCUAUGAAAGAUGCAACUAAGACAGCUCAUGCUGAUCCAGCUGCAUGUGAUCGCACCUUUAUGCAAGCAAUUAGUGGAAUGUCAAAUCCUCAUCUUACCCCUCGCCAAGGCAACUUUAUCAUCAAGCAUUAUGCAGGUGAUGUGAGCUACACUGUUGAAGGAAUUACAGACAAGAACAAGGAUCAACUCCUCAAGGGCUUGCUUAACUUAUUUGGGCAAAGUAGAAACCAUUUUAUUCACGAGUUGUUCCCUCAUCAAGUCGAUCAGGAUAAUAGAAAACAGCCUCCAUCUGCCGGUGAUAAAAUCAAGGCCUCCGCGAAUGACCUAGUGACAACAUUGAUGAAGGCAACCCCAUCAUACAUCCGAACAAUUAAGCCUAACGAGAAUAAAUCACCUACUGAGUACAAUGAGAAGAACGUCCUGCAUCAAGUUAAGUAUCUUGGUCUUCAAGAGAACGUUCGUAUUCGUCGUGCCGGAUUUGCAUACCGUCAAACUUUUGACAAGUUUGUUGAACGAUUUUACUUACUCUCCCCGAAAACUUCUUAUGCUGGCGACUACAUAUGGACAGGAGAUUCCAAGACUGGAGCCAUGCAAAUAUUGAAAGAUACGAAUAUACCCGUCGAAGAAUACCAAAUGGGUGUGACCAAGGCAUUUAUCAAAGCCCCUGAAACCUUGUUCGCCCUAGAACAUAUGCGAGAUCGUUACUGGCAUAACAUGGCCGCUCGUAUUCAGCGUGUGUGGAGGGCAUUCUUACAAAUUCGAAUCGAAGCUGCAACUCGAAUUCAGAGGAUGUUCAGAAAGAAGAGAGAAGGCAAGGAGUUCUUGGAGUUGAGAGAAAAAGGACACCAAAUUUUACAAGGACGUAAAGAGAGAAGAAGAUACAGUCUCCUGGGAUCGAGACGUUUCAUGGGUGAUUACCUUGGAAUCGCAGCAACGACAGGCCCUGGAUCAAAAAUUCGUGGGUCAAUUAAUUUGCCAGCCAGCGAAGUCACCCUUUUCUCCUGCCGUGGCGAGAUUCUUGAGACGAAAUUCGGCCGAUCAAGUAAGCUGAGCCCCCGUAUCUUCAUAAUGACGCGGACAAAGUUCUACAUCGUCAGUCAGCUGCUUGUCAAUAAGCAGGUUCAAAUUGCCGUGGAGAAAGCAAUUCCUCUUGGAGCCAUCAAAUUUGUGAGCAUAUCGACAUGCCGCGAUGAUUGGUUUUCCUUGGGCGUGGGCUCACCACAGGAAGCUGAUCCACUCCUGACUUGCGUAUUUAAAACCGAACUAUUUACGCAUAUGCAAGCAGCAAUGCCUGGGGGCGGGUUCAACCUGAAAAUAGGAGAUUCAAUUGAGUAUGCCAAGAAACCUAAUAAGAUGCAGUUAAUCAAGGUGGUGAAAGACUCUCAACAGGCGCAAGAUCACUACAAGAGUGCUACUAUCCACACCCAAGCAGGCGAGCCACCAAAUUCUCGAUCAAAGCCACUGCCGAAAGGCAAGCCUGUCGCGGCAAAACCAUUCACUUCAGGUCGUCUCAUCAAGCCUGGAGGACCAGGAGGACGACCAUCAAGAUUGACGAACGGAAAUCGACCAACUCCCAAGCCAGUUCCUACACCUGCACCUGCCGCAGCAAGACCUGUGCCUGCCGUCAAUCCUGUCGCGGCCUCUAUUCCGGUGCACACAAGAAAUACUUCAGUACAAUCGACACAAUCUACUAGAGCUGUACCGCCUCCUCCACCACCGGCUCCACCAGCUCCUCCUCCAGCUCCUGUAUCGAAGGAACCUCAGUACCGCGUUCUCUACGAGUUCGCUGGACAGAGUGCUAAUGAAUUUUCCUUGAAGCAGGGUGAGAUAGUGACUGUCCUCCAAAAGGAAACAAAUGGCUGGUGGCUCACUAAGAACGUCCGUGGCCAAGGUUGGGCACCCACUGCUUACCUCGAAGAAGUGACACCACCACCACCUCCUCCUGUAGCCACACGUCCAGCACCACCACCGGCUCCUGGACCUCCGAAGAUGAAUGGUACAAACGGUGCUGCCAUUCGCUCUAAACCUACUCCUCCUGCACCGCCGGCCAAACGCCCAGCAGCAGGUAGAAAACCAGCUCCUCCGCCUGCGCCUCGCGAUUCUGGAAUGAGUAUAUCUAGUAAUGGAAGUGGUAAUAACAGUGGCCGAAGCACUCCAACUCCAAGCUUAGCCGGUGGUCUAGCGGAAGCUUUACGAGCGAGACAAAGCGCGAUGCAAGGGAAUGCUAAGAGAGAAGAUGAAGACGAUUGGUAG